GCAGUCGGAAUGAAGAGCUCAUUCGCCGCCUGCAGUCUGCUCUCCCUGCUACUCCUUGCCACCGCAGAGUCGGUGGAGGAGACGCUCGGCCACGCUGGCGCGGACGAGGAGCCGCUGGUGCCGCUGAGGCUUCAGGAAGCCGAGAACCGGGGCCUCUUCGCCUGCGCUUGCCCGAGCGGGGAGGAAGGCGGCGACCCAGGUGAAGAGGUAGCUCAGAGCUCCUCCAACGACACGCCUGCCCCGGAGAAGAGCAUUUGCCAGCCUUGUGUAGCAGGGGGAGAAGACUCGAGCCACACGGAAGGGGAGAUCUCUGAAGACCAAGAUGCUACUGAGAUCGCUGAGGAGGAGGGCGGAAACGAGGGCGACAAACCAGAUGAUGAGUAUGCUCCAGAGGAGGACUUUCUGAACUCCGAGGAGAAAGAUGCUGAGCAGGACUUGGGUGAAAGAGAAGAUGAAGGGCACAGCAGAAGGGCUUCUGAUGAGGAAUCCACGGCAGGUGAACAAACAUCUGAGGAGCUUGGUUCAACACUCAAGGAAAGAGUAGGGUCCCUCGAGGAAGAAGAAAACUCUGCUGAAGAUGAGGACAAGGAGGACAUUGUUGAGCUGGGAUCUAGAGAAGGAGAAAAGGAAGAAACAGAGGCAGAAGAUGUGGAUGCGGAAGAGGCUCUUCAGUGGGGAAACAAGCCUACAGAGAGUGAGCAUCAUGUUGAUGAGGUUGACGAUGCCUCGGAAGAAGAGGAGGAGUUGCAAAAAGAGGGGGCCGUAGGUGAUGAGGAGCAGCCUGAAGAGUCCAUGGAGGAAUCCAUCACGGACGAAGAGCAACAGGAGGCAGCGGAGACGGAAGAAAGUGUAGAAACUGAAGAAGAGGAGGAAGACGAUGCUGCUGAACAUGGAGACUCCUCAUCUGAGCCUGUGGAGAACUUGCCCUUCAGUGAUGCUAUGCCCACCAACAAUAAGCAAGAAAAGGGACCAAGGGUGGAAGAAGCUGUAGAAGCUGAGCAGGAAAAGGAGAGGCAGGGGCCUGAUGGAGAGGUGUCACAGCGGGGGGCGGCUGAAGAAGACCCUGUGAGCGGAAAGAAACCAGACGGUCAAGGUUCAGCAGCUGAUGAAGCACCGGCUGAAGCAGAAGUCGACCCUCCGCUUCAAGCCACUGGUGAAGUGGCGCAGCGGAAUGAAAGACAGGUGGAUCUAGAGCUGACAGCCGAUGCAGCUUCAGAGAACUGGGAACCACCGGUUGAGCAUCACGAAGAAAUGGGAGAAGGUGGGGUUGUCCCAGGGACACACGGAGAAGUUGACAAAUCAACUGAGAAUGAUGCCACGGAGUCUAAUUCAGAGGAGGAGGACGAGGAGGACAAGGGGGAGGAGGUGGUCUCCGAUUUGCGAGACAGAUCUCACAUUGAGGAGACAUUGCAGCUUGCGGCGGCACGGCCCACCGACGAGUACGAUGUGGCGCUGAAGAAGCUGCGAAAGAUCUACCAGUCAUCCAUCAAGCCCCUGGAGCAGGUUUACAGAUACAACGAGUUGAGGCAGCAUGAAAUCUCAGAAGCAGAGAUCUCCUCCAAGCCUAUGGUGCUUUUCCUGGGACCAUGGAGUACUGGCAAGUCCACAAUGAUCAACUAUCUGUUGGGGCUGCAGGACACUCCCCAGGAGCUCUACACAGGUGCAGAGCCCACCACUUCUGAAUUCACCGUGAUCACGCAUGGCGAGAAGGUCCGGACCAUCGAGGGCAUCGUGAUGGCUGCCGACAGCGCCCGCUCGUUCUCACCACUGGAAAGGUUUGGCCAGAACUUCCUGGAGAAGCUGGUGGGCAUCGAGAUGCCGCACAAACUCCUGGAGCGGGUCACCAUCGUGGACACGCCGGGCAUCAUUGAGAACCGCAAGCAGCAGGAGAGAGGCUACCCCUUCAAUGAUGUGUGCCAGUGGUUCAUUGACCGAGCAGACCUGAUCUUCCUGGUGUUCGACCCGACCAAACUGGACGUCGGCGGGGAGCUGGAGCUCAUGUUCAGGCAGAUGAAGGGCCGCGAGUCCCAGAUCCGCAUCAUCUUGAACAAGGCCGACAGCCUGGUUCCGCAGGAGCUCAUGCGCGUCUACGGUGCCCUUUUCUGGAGCAUGGCGCCGCUCAUCAACGUUACAGAGCCCCCGCGUGUUUAUGUCGGCUCCUUCUGGCCGUACGCGUACGGCCCGGACACCAGCCACGAACUUUUCAAGCGAGAGGAGAUUUCCCUACUGGAGGACUUGAACCAAGUGAUUGAGAACCGCAUAGAGAACAAAAUUGCUGUCAUCCGCCAACAUGGCAUCCGGGUGCGUAUCCACGCCCUGCUGGUCGAUCGAUACCUGCAGACCCUCCGUGACAAGACGGGCUUCUUCGGCGACUCAGAGCAAGUCUUCAAGGAGAUCGUGGACGACCCUGACCGCUUCUACAUCUUCAAAUCCAUCCUGGCCAAGACCAACGUCAGCAGGUUCGACCUGCCUGACCCGGAGGCCUACCGUGACUUCUUUGGGGUCAACCAUAUGAGCACCUUCAAGCUGCUCUCGUCCCACUGCCCCCUGUUGGGCAGCUGCCUCCUGGACAAGAUCGAGGCGGCCAUCACCGAGGAGCUGCCCAGCCUGCUCAGCAGCAUGGCUGCCGGGAAGGGGCCGGAUCUCGCUUGCAAAGCCACAGCCUGCGAGGACACCCCGACGAACCGCUACCGUCGGCACUGAGGACAACAGGGAGCGAGCGGCCAGAGAAUGGACGGGGUUCGACUCUUGGGAAGGGGGAAAGACACAUAGACCGAGUACGCCAACCGCAGCUUCUGGACAGUUUUACGGGUGAACUAAGAGCAAUGAACCGUCUCGGCUCUCUCCCAUGACGCAACACAACAGAGAAGUGCACAAAACAUUACGUGAAGAAGAGGGAAAGGGCCUAAUUAAAGCCCUAGUUUAAGAAUAUGGAACUGUCCCUAUUGAUUCCUUUCCUGGACACACUGGGAUUGGCCAAAAGAGUUUGCCGUUAUUUCUCCGGACAAGUUCAAUACUUAUUUUACUUUUCGUUAGUGUGGCAGGAAAGGUUAGGAGCUGUCGUCUCAAUUUAUUAGUUGUGUUUAUUUCAAGACAACAAGACCCAGUCUUUCUUAGUAUGUCUUUCCAUGCGAGUCUUGAUCAGCUGUGUACAGGGCCAGCAGAUGGCGUCGUGGUUCGGGCCGUCGUCUUUGGACUAGAAGGAUGUUUUGUCAAAGCCCACCACCUUCUGUGGUACCCUGUAAUUCUUCUGGGAGGAACAUACAAGCUAAAAAAAUAAAUGUAUAUCUUGUGCCAGGAGAUAUAUUUAUCACCAGUGAUUCUGUAACUCUAGAACCGUUGGAUGUUUUCUUGACUGUCUAUGUAUGUUCAGUAGAUAUUCGAAUUGUUGUUGCCAUUCAUGCCACCCCUUAAGUGUGUGAUUACAUAGGAAUAAAACAAAUAAAAAUGAAUGCCAUACUUCAUUGUAUCAGCUACUGUGCCAAGUGUGCAGCAGUUACAAAUGGCUUGUUGCGGAAGCUGUGUUCUAGUACAAUUUCGCAGUAUUCCAAAACAUUUUCUACAUUAUUUAUUUU